AUGACUAAACCAGACACCUACACAAAUCCCAUUCUCCCAGGCAAUCAUCCCGACCCGUCCAUCAUUCGCUCUGGCAAAAACUACUUCCUCAUCACAUCUUCCUUUGAAUACUUCCCCGGAAUCCCUAUCUAUCAUAGCACGGAUUUGAUAUCAUGGAGACUCAUAUCGCAUGCGCUAACUCGUCGAUCCCAGCUUGAUAUUCGGACGCCUGAACCUGGAGGUGGGAUAUGGGCUCCUACUAUUAGGGAACACAAUGGAUGGUUUUAUAUUACUGCUGCGUGCUUUGAUAGGUAUAGACCACAGGAGGAUCAGAGGAUUUGGCCUCGAGGAUUUUAUGUUAAAUGUAAGGCUGAGGAUGUUUUUGGUGGUGAGUGGAGUGAGCCGGUUUGGUUUGAUGAAGUGGGCUUUGAUCAGGACCUAUUCUUUGACGAUGAUGGAGAAGUUUAUCUAUCAACCACCCGUCGCAAACAUGAGCGUACCAUUGGAGUAUCUCUCAAGGACUUUGCUAUUCACAUCACCACUAUUGAUCUUUCAACAGGAGCUUCUACAUCUGUACCCCAAGUAAUUCGCUCCUCACCAUCUGGAAUUGCAGAAGGAUCCCAUAUCUUCAAGCGGGGAAAGUUUUACUAUCUCUUCACUGCAGAAGGAGGAACGGAGUCCGGUCAUUGUGAAUGGGUAUCAAGAUCUUCGAAUGGUCCCUUAGGACCAUGGGAAACAAUAGAUGCUCCAUUGUGGAAAAUUGGAGUUGAAGGUGAUGAGGUGGUUAAUACAGGUCAUAUCGAUAUUGUUGAGGAUGAAAAAGGAAAUUGGUGGGCAGUUAUGCUUGCAUGUCGGCCUAUAAAGUUGGAUGAUGAUCGAUUCAAGACUUUUGCAAGCAUGUCAGGCGAUUAUGAGAAAGUAUCUGGUGGUUGGAAAUCUUCUAUUUUUGGAAGAGAAACAUUUCUUGUCCCUAUGACCUGGGAAGAUGACUGGCCCAUUGUCAAUGAUGGCAAGAAGAUUACUCUCCAAGGCAAAGGUCCAGGAUUAUAUCAAUUAAAACAACCCACUAAGUGGCGAGACGACUUUACAAGUCCAGAGCUACAACUUGGCUGGUAUCGAAAGAACACACCCCAAAAACAAGAUUUCCAAUUAACAACCCAUCCCUCUAGCCUCCGUCUACACGGCAAUCCUUACACACUCACCAGUCCAGCCUGUCCAACUCUACUCCUCCGCAAACAAACAACUCGCACAGGAGUCUGGUCCACACGACUCACCUUCAACCCCACAACCCCCCAAAUGGAAGCCGGCACCGUAGUAUACUGGAACCAUCUCACACACGCCAGCAUCUCCAUCCACGGGAACCAGUGGGCCGACUCCACCAAAAGAACCAUCCACUUCCACCUCUUCAUCAACGGUAAGGAUAAUUGGACGAUUGUCGGACCACUACAAACAGAUGAUGAUGUUAUACUCUAUAUCUGGUGUAGAGAUAAUGGCUACAUCUUCGGUUAUAGAUCCUGCGACGAAAAAGAUGAAAAGGCUAUUAUAUGGUUAGGAGAAACAACAGUUGAUGAAAUAACAAGCGAUCCUUUGAUCGGAGCCCCGUUUACAGGUAUGAUGCUCGGUGUGUAUGCGACCGGAAAUGGGGAUUCAGGGACCGCACCGGCGGAUUUUAAGUACGUGGAAUUUGAUGCCGAGAUGGUACCUGAUCCGAUUAUUGAUAAAGGAUUUACUUGUUGUGGAUAA